AUGGAAUAUGAAUUGAGUGGAGCUCAAACUCUUGUUCUUAAGAAGAUAUUUUUGCUAUUUAGACAUGUGUCAGCAAAUUUGCAAAUAGUGGCCAGUGAAAAUGGGCUAAAUUUGUAUGCAUUGAAUGGUUCUAACUCAGCUUGGUUACACAUCCAGUUAGGCAAGGGAUUUUUCAAAAGAAUCGAUUGUAGAGAUCUCGAUAAUACUCCGGCUGGGAAUUCUAUCAAGGUAAAACACUGGGUCGUAUCCACCAAACAUCUUUGUCAGUCGUUAUCGAUUGUAGUACCUCCUAGUCAAAAAAACAACUUGUAUAGUGCAGUUUUUAUGAAAGACAUAGGAAAUUGUGAUGAUAUAAGAACGACUGUUGCCUUGGAAAAACUAACAUUGAGGGAGGAUAAGAAACAUCCAAAUCUACUUUCAUUCAUAUUACAUUGUGCUAAUCAAAACAUCAGAAGAUCUGCGACAAUCUCCUUUGAGGAAUACAAGUUGAGUAUUCCAGAUGAAUUGAGAUGGUAUAAUUGGCAUUAUUUAAGGAUACAGCCUACUGUACUUUACAAAAGCAUUAAUCCAUAUAGUUCACAAUUGGAUGAUUUAUCAAUAAGUUAUGAUGAUGCCAAUGAAGAUAUAAUACUUAAUAUUAUCAAGAAUUCUACACAAACUUUGGGAAGGAAUAAAUCCAAAAAAAAUAAAAAAUCUGGAUUUUCAGGAAAAAUCUCUAUUAAUAGUGGAUACUUUCAAAAGUUAGAACUUGAUGAUAACAUACCUCAUCCAGAAAAGAUAACAAUUUCAUUGAAGGAAUUUUUGUCUCUUAUUUCGUUCUGUGAAUCUAUGAAAUCUCCGUUGUCAUUAAUAUUAAAAUCUCCCGGAGAACCUGUAAUUGCUCUAUUCGGAGGUGCUGUAAGUAUUUCAGAAUCUGUUACUGACUAUUUAAAUAUACACCAUAUAGUUGCUUCUGGUACGAGUCAAAGUGAUGGAAAUAUAAAUGAUACAAUUUUAACACAACACAACUUUUCAUGGAGUGGCUCUUUGUGGAUUAGUUCUGUUCAAACGGAUGAUAAUAUAAAAAAUACGGAACAAAUUGGAAAGACAGGGAUAAAUAUUUCUGGAAAUGAGCAUAGUUUUGUUGAUGAGAUAGAGGAUUAUGUGGAAUCUGAAUCAAAAAAUAAUAAUAUCAAGAUAGUUUCUGAUAAAUUAUCAAAAUUAGAAAGGAUUAAUAUCUAUAAUACUAUAUCUCUAGAUUUUAUACCAGAUCAAGAAAUACUUACACAUAUAUCUGAUGAUUUUAAAAAUCCUGUAGAAGGGAGCGAUAAAUCCAGUUCUUGUGUUAAUACUAUUUAUCAUUCUACCAAUGAAAAAGAUGAAGAUUUUUGUGAUGAGCUUGCAGAUAUUUGGAUUUGUCUUAAUAUUUUCUCUCCAACAUCUUUAUUUUUAUAUACAAAUCACUUUUAUAACAAAAAAUUCUGUCUUAAUGAUAAUAAUAAUAAUAAAUAUUAUAAAAAAAGCAGACACUCUAGGGUAGGAUUUAAGAAUAAAGACAAAUGCCAAAAUGUGCAAUUGAAUAAAUUUAGUAUCUUUACUCCGCACGACAAAUAUAAGCUCAGUUCUGGAAUAUUAAACUAUGAUGUCAAGGAUUUUCUGAGUCCUACACCUGAUUUAACCAAAAUAGACAAUACUUUCAUAAAGGAUGUUAAUGCUCCAAAUGUGAUUUCUGAGGAAUUACCUUUACUUCAAAAUGUUCUUAAUAAUGAUUAUCAGAGUCCAUUAUUCAAUAAUGAUUGUAAUAUGCUAAAUGAUUUCAAUCCCAAAGAAAUUCCAAAUCGUGACAAAUUAUACAUAGACAAAAGUAUAAUAUACAAUAUUUCAUCGGACCAAUAUAUCGUAGUUGGUUUUAUAGCAGCUGCACACGGGCUAAAUGGUUAUAUCAAGGUCAAAUCAUAUACCAAAAACCCGGAAUUGAAAUUGUGCAAACCUGGAUAUAGAUUUUUAAAGUUUCCGUAUAAUGAUGAUAAUGUUAUCCCAAUGAAAAUAACGAAUGGAAAAUGCUUAGGCGAUAAAGACAGUUAUUUGGUAAAGUUGGAAGGUAUAGAUACGAAGGCUCAAGCGCUGAGACUAAAAGGUGCAUAUAUCACCAUUUUACUCAAUGAUAUCGACCCUCUCGAAGAAAAUACAUUCUAUGCGUCUGAUUUAUUGGAUCUAGAUUUGUACUUAUAUAAUGAUAUUAAUAGAACCAAAUUAGGAAAAAUAGUUGGGUUUUUACAUAGAUCAGACAUAGCUUAUAGCAAGAAAUAUGAAGAUUUUGUAGAUGAUUUAAUAGAUGUUGAAAUGGACAUGCGAAUAUCACUAAAAACAUUGAUAAAUGCUACUAAGGAAAAUUCUGAAAAAAGAGAAAACUCUUUUGAUACUGAAAAAGGUGUAAGCAUAAUAACAGAAAACGAUCUAGAUGAUGCUGAUGAUAUAAUUGAUGUUUCUGAUGAGUUUGAUAAACCUAUAGUCCACGGAGUCCAUUACAUUAAAUAUUAUAAUUGUAGUAUAUGUAAAAAAAGUUUUACCAACUACGAUAAGGCAAUGGAGCAUGAUAAAAUGCACAAGGAGAAUGUAAUAACAACAGAUAUUCUUGUUAAUAAUGAAGAUGAUACUAAUCAAGAUAAUAAGCUGAAAAUAGUUGAUAUAGAAGAAAUCUCCAAAGGUAAAAUCAGAAGACCUAUAAGAAGGUUCUACGUACCUUUGGUGAAAGAUGAGACAGUAAAAUUUAUAGAUGUAGAAAAUAGGAGUGUAUAUGUUGAUCCGUAUACAAUUUUUAUAGGGGAAGAUGGGACCUCUGUAAUGAAUAGUGAAAAUUAA